AUGGGCAGUAAGGCGGGGCCCGGGGAAGGCGGCACUGCCCAGGGACCCUGGGUCAUCCUAGGUGUGGGAGGGGGUCCUCAGGAAGCAGGGGCCCGCGGGUCCCCAGGUGUGGUGCGGGAGGUGGGUAGGGUGCCGGCACUAGCUGAUGGGUGCGGCGAGGAGGCCGCCAUCUUCAGCGGGGAGGUGGUGCAGCAAGGCGCGGCCCUGUUGGAGGGAGAGGUGGCGCGGAUCGGGGAGGUGUUUUGGCUGCCUGUGGAGGACAUCAUGGAAGAGGUGGAGGUGGUGGCGGAGGAGGAGGAGGAGCAGGAACAGCAGGAGGAGCAGAUGCUGGCAGAAGAGCCGGAGGAGAAGCCCCAGGAGGAGGGUCAGGAAGAGCCAGGGCCGUCGCCGAAGAGCGCCCCGUCCCCGCUGGAGGCGCUGGAGGCUCUGGAGGCCCUGCAGUUAGAGCUGAGCACUCUGAAUACCCAAGCCAGCAGGACCUACACUGGGCUCAAGCGCAAGAUCUGUGAGCGGCGGAAGCCUCACUUGGAUGGCAGAAGCGCCAUCAUUCAGGGCAUCCCUGGCUUCUGGGCCAGAGCCAUUGUGAACCACCCCCAGAUUUCGGCCGUGAUCAGUGACCAAGAUGAAGACCUGCUUAGCUACAUGAUCAAUUUGGAGGUGGAGGAACUCAGAUAUCCCAGUGAUUGCUGCAAGAUCGUGUUGUUUUUCCGGAACAACCGCUAUUUCCAGAAUGAAGUGGUUGUUAAGGAGUAUCUCAUUAACGUCACUGGAUAUAUGGCAUCUCAUUCCACUCCAAUUCAGUGGCACCAGCGUUUUGAAAGUGAGGCGUAUAGCCGCAGGCACCACAGCAGCAGCCUUGACUUCUUCAGGUGGUUCUCUGACCACAGCUUUGCAGGAUCUAGCAGGAUUGCUGAGAUCAUCAGCGAGGACCUGUGGCCCAAUCCCCUGCGCUACUACCCCAGGGAAGAACGCCCCACCGGGACAG